AUGAAGUUACCAAGGACAAGUCAGGCAGACCACACCGAGACACAGGACCAACUAGCUGACAUGGCAGCUAAUAGUAAUAAAGGAAGGAAAGAAAUUGAAGUCUCAAAGGAACCGAAGGAACCUGAAACUUCUACCUUCCUCACAGAAACCAGAGAGGAGGCUGAAGACGACGAAGAGGACAGAGAUGAAGCAAAGGGAGAUAACUUUUCUGGACAUUCUGAGGGUCAUUCUAUACAGGAACAAGAAAAGAAUGAGGAUUUAGCAGAAAGUAGUGAUAAUGUGAAUGAAUUAAAUAACGUGGAGGUAGCUGAGGAACAAAUUAGUACUGAAAGCAAACAUGGAGAUGAUCAGGAUUUGGAACCACAAGUGGCAAUAACAGGAAAUGAAUCUUCAAAUGUGGCAUCAAAAGGAAGUGAAUCUCAAACGGGACCAACAGGAAGUGAAUCCAAACAGGUUGUACCAAUAGGAAGUGAAUCCAAGCAGGCUGUACCAACAGGAGUUGGGUCCAAAACUUUGCAGCCAAAAAGAAGACGUGACAAAAAACCAAAGACACUACACCAUCAACAAAAGCAACCAGUAAUGAAAAGUCAAGGUAAUCAAAUGAUAGAAGAUGAGGAUUUAGGGAUAUACGAAGAUAUUACAGAAGGGGUAGAUUUAUUUGACAAUGAGGAUUAUAUGGAAAUGAUGGGUAACAGAGAUACACAUCCUUCCAGUACUGUGACAAAGACCCCUGACCUCUACACAGAGGUCCGUCCUGCCCCGCCACCGACAUCAAUUUUACGUAAUCCCUCUGCCACACAGGAAAUCCCUGAUUACGAUGCAAUGGAUGAUCUGCAAAACAGUCGUGUGACCUGGAAUGCUAUCGAGCCCCAUUUCAGUGUUUCCAUUGCUAAUAUGCAGAGGCAUUACUCUGGGAGAAUGGCUAACACUCCAGCAAGCUGUUACUCUGCUGAAUCAAGAAAUGCUUCCAGAGUGACCUCUGAGUCACGUGAGGCCAUGUUCAAGAGAGCCAUGACAUUACUAUCUGCACGUUGUACCAGUACAGGGCCAGGCGCCGGAGAGAUGACGUUAGGGAAGGGUGAGGUGUUUGGUGUACAUGUACCUCAGUAUUAUUAUGUCACACAAGAAAAGCCAAGGCCCAUGCCACCCCUCAAGGCUUGGAAUGGCUACAAUGGUAAUGUAUACUUUGAGCCGAUACAGAUUAACACUUUAUCAGAAGCGCCAAACAUGAGCACAGUGUCAGUCAUGUCGUCCCGAACCAAUGACAAACUUCACAGGAUGCUCAUCAACAGGAAGCAAAUGAAUUCUGGAAAGUUUGAUAGGAUUGACAGUGCAACCACACGCAGUGUUUCACGGCAGACAGGAAAAUCCAUGAGCAUACGUAGCUCUACACGACAGUCACUCAUUCUGGACAAAAAAACAGUUAUGAACGGAUACAAUGAGAACAUACAAGAUGACCUUGCCCUAAUUGAGGGUGUAGAGUGUACUGGAAGUCUGGCUGUUCGACCAAAGAGUGACAAAACAAUGGACAAAGAAACACGGCGAGCUCUGAUGUACAAUAAAGAGAGGCUCUGUAAAGGUUCUGUUGUACACCGAAUUAACGAAAGUCGUAACAAAUCACGAAUGGUACUCAAGGUCAAUGGUGGCAAAUUUGUGAGUCCACAAACAAUGUCUCCCUUACUACGCACACAGACUCAGUACUCCCUUAGCAACCAGAGGUUGACCACAAAUAGUCCUGAUCCUUACCAUCAGCAGUUGCCUCCCCUGGAACAAUUGCGUGCUUCUGUAAGGCACAUGGACACUGCGGAGAAGCAGAAAGCUCCAUCUUCUUACAGGUAUUCCAAACCAGUGACAAUGACGGCAGAAAUUAAACCCUAUAUAAAAUAUAGCCCAGAUAUUAAAAAAUCUCGCCAGCAACCUAGUUAUGUUUGAGGUGUGACGGUGAAAUUACUACAUGAAGAACCAAUAUGUUGA